AUGAGUUUGGCCCUCACACAGGUCUCGCCUUCUCCUGACAGGGCCUGGAUUUACUGCUGCAGUCCUGGGAGUCAGAUUUCAUGCAACCAUUCCAAUGGUGUAACGGAUGCCUGUGGUUUAGGUCUCCAGCACUUUGAGAAGUACUGUGGACUUAGCAAGAUGGAUACCACUUACCACCUGCCGCUCAAUGUCUACGUGAUAGUGCUGGGCAUCGGCCUGUUCGUCUUCAUGCUCAGCCUCAUCUUCUGCUGCUACCUCUUCAGGUUGAAACAGCAAGGGACGAGGGAGCAGUUCAGCUACAAUGAGGUGGUUCUUAAAGGGGCAGGCAAGAAGCUGAGCCUUCUAGGACAAACGUGUGCCGUAUGUUUGGAAGAGUUUCGGACCAGAGAUGAGCUAGCUGUGUGUCCGUGUUCGCACGCAUUUCACAAGAAGUGCCUGCUGAAGUGGCUGGAGAUCCGCAGCGUGUGCCCCAUGUGUAACAAGCCCAUCCUCAGGCUCCACCCAGACCCCACACAGGGAACUGAGGGGCCCCAGGACCCAGAGGAGGUGUGAAGGACCCACAGGGGCCACCACGACCGCCAUACGCACCUGUACACAUUUACACGGAAUUGAUGGUCAUUUUAUGGACAUCACACAGAGUCGAUUGUAUUCUUAAAGUGACUUCCAUGGUGUUAGUCUUUGACUGAGCAUUGAUCAAUAUGGCUGGGGUUUGGGUACUGUAUAUGGAUGUUGAUUACACCCGUCCAGGCCUUUCAGAUCGUCAUGAAAGUCAACGAUGUCCGAGGGGCAGGGCGCAAGAGAGUGUUUCAGGAUCGGGCCCUACUAGUUUAGCAAUGGAACCUAAAAACAAAAUGAUAACCCUAACCUUGAGGGAUGUGGUGUUUGGCCCUACUAGAUUAGCAGUGGAGCUUCAUAAAGCUGUUGUCUGUCCUCCCCCUUUAGAUCAGUGAGAAUGAGUAAAGGCUAUAUGGACACUCCUGACCCGAAUAUUCAUUUUGCAGGUCAGCAGCGUACUAAUAGUAUCUCCAGUGAGAAUGAGAGGAAAGUGACAUAGGAACGGGAGCCACUUUAGAAUACCGAGUUCUCCCCCAGUCAUUGGACGAUACCUGGUACAGCCAAUCACAAACGACACGUCAGGCAUUCUGAGAAGGUCAUUGGUCGAGUAUCAGGAUUGAUGUAAAUGGAUACCUCUCAUACCUCAGGGGUGUUACAAUACAAGCCAGCACAAACAUGCCAUUCAAUACCAUGUGCCACACACAGAACAUGUCCAAUACUGCCAACUCCAACCUAGGUAACACUAUACUGAGGUAGUCAAAACAUUGGUCACGUUCCAGGCCGACUACAUUGCAGUCGCGCUACACACAGCAACAAAUGGUUCUGCGCCACGUCAUCGACUGAGCACAUGCGGUUAGCUGACAUGUUAAACACUUAUCCAGGCGUGGAGAUCCGGCAAGCGACUGCAACGUAGUCGGUCUGGAACGCAGCCAUUGAGAUCUGGCAAGCGACUGCAAUGUAGUCGGUCUGGAACACGGCCAAAGGCUGGAAUCCCAAAACCAGUCCAAUACCAACAUCACAGCAGCUCUCUGAUGUACAGAACUAUAUAUCCAGGAGUGCGUCUGAAAUGGCACCCUAUUCCUUACACAGUGCACUACCUUUGACCAGAACCCUAUGCAGGCCCUGAUCAAAAGUAGUGUACUAUAUAGGGAAAAGGGUGCCAUUUCUGACACAAACCAGGUCCAUAACCUCGAAGACUGAUAGACAGCUAGUCUUGCCUGUAUGUACGUAACGUUGUGACCCCCCCAUCUUGUAAUUUUGUAAGGUUUGUUGCUUUUAAAUAAAAUAUGUUUCCUCUC